AUGACUGGGCCAGAGGAUACGGCCUAUUUGCUUAAGCUAGGCCCAAUCGGACGCAACGUCCCAGCAAAAGCCCAAGCAUUUUAUGCUAUUCAUCGUCGGAUCCCUCUCCCCGCCCGUCGUUUGUGUUUGUUCGCUGUCGAUCGGAGAAGCUCUGGAAACUCCAUACUCACUCACCCACCCACCGCAACUUCUUCUUCUACGACGGACGAACGAACUCGACUCGCCAGCUCGGCCGCACCGCUCAGUUACUCAGAAUUUUGCCACUCCUUCGAGGUCGCUCCGAUAACCGGAAUUAAACACUUAAGGGAGACCCUUUUGUCGAUGUCUCGCGCUCGCAAUCUCGUCGUUGCAGGUGGAUUACUAGCCUUUGCUAGUGCUGGAAUGGCGUUUCCCUUCUACAUGGCAGCAGGGAAGAGUAAGCCAGUGAUCGACUCAUCGAAGCCAUUGCCGCCGCAAGCCACUUUCCGAGGGCCUUACAUCAACACUGGUUCCCGUGAUAUCGGACCAGAUUUCCAGAGCUACACCAAGAAAUGA